AUGGCCCUCCGCCGCGGCGCCUACCUGAAGCGCGGCGCCAACUACACGGAAGCUGCCACCCUGCUGCGCUGCGUGCGGCCGGACCAGUCCAGCGCGACAGUCCGGUGCCACUACCUGACGGACGGGACUGUGAACUUCGCGCUGACCAUGCGGCGCGCGGAGUACUUCAUACCCGCGGGCAUCCUGCUCAAAUGCUUCCUGGAGCUGUCAGAUCGCGAGCUGUACGACAAGCUGAUCGCCGGCGGCGCCCCCGGCACCGCGCACGCCGGCUUCCUCGCGGCGCGCGCGGAGCUGCUGCUGCAGCAGCCGCUGCGCAAGGGGCUCAGCACGCGCGCAGACUGCCUCGAGUACCUGGGCAGCCACUUCCGGGUGGUCCUGGGGUCACCCAGCCGCCUCAGCGACCAGGACGUGGGCCUGCAGCUGAUCAAGAGCUACGUGUUCAUUCACCUGGACAAGCCCUCUGACAAGCUGGCCCUCCUGCUGCAGAUGCUGCACAAGCUCUACGCGCUG